AUGGAUCCGUGUUACAACCAUACAAGCUCUCAAAAACCCCUGGACCAACCCCUGCAGCUGCUGAUUGGGACCUGCCUUGUCCUCCUGAUCGUGGUCACUCUGUGCGGUAACAUCAUCGUCUGUCUGGCCGUCACCCGUGACCACCGGCUCCGCAGCUUGACCAACUGCAUCAUCGUCUCCUUGGCCAUCACCGACCUGCUGCUGGCCCUCCUGGUGCUGCCCUUCUCUGCCUUCUAUGAGCUCUCCAAAGAGUGGCCCUUCGGCAGCACUUUUUGCAACAUCUACACCAGCCUGGACGUCAUGCUGUGCACAGCUUCCAUCCUCAACCUCUUCAUGAUCAGCCUGGACCGCUACUUUGCCGUCACCGCCCCUCUCCGCUACAACCAGCUGGUCACUCCCUCUCGAGUGGCCGUGGGUUUGGUUGUUAUUUGGGCAGUUUCACUGAUGGUCUCCUUCCUACCCAUCCACCUGGGCUGGAACACCAAUGGGACAAGAGUGCAAAACACAGUCUCCAACUGCAGCAAGGAAUGCAAGCUGGAGGUGAACCCUCUGUACGGGCUAGUGGACGCCUUGCUCACGUUCUACAUCCCCUUGGUCAUCAUGUGCAUCACCUACUACCGGAUAUUCAAGAUAGCAAGGGAGCAAGCCAAGAGGAUAAACCACACGUGGUGCAGCAGCAGCAAUGGCCCCGUGCCUCCCAUGGUGAAAGAGCACAAAGCCACUGUGACACUGGCAGUGGUGAUGGGAGCCUUCAUUGUGUGCUGGUUCCCCUAUUUCACAGUGUUCAUAUACCGGGGAAUGUGGGGGGACAGCAAGGUGAAAGGCACACCCAUGUCCAUUGUCCUCUGGCUGGGCUAUGCCAACUCAGCCCUGAACCCCAUCCUCUAUGGGACACUCAACAGGGAUUUCCGACUGGCCUACCAGAACUUGCUGCACUGCUGCAGGACUGGAAGCCCCAGAAGCUCCCACCUGCCUCCCCUCCAGAAGGCCCAUUCCCGGGAAAAGAAAUGCAGGCAGGAGGGUAAACCCCUGAAACUGGAGAUGAGGAACGGGAAGGGGAUUUUGCUGACUGACAGAGCCCUCAAGAGGUAA